AUGGAGAAUUUCAACUAUCCUGUUUCGAAGAUCGGUUGUGGGGACAAAAUUAUGCAGACACGCCGCCAACUUGACGAGGUGAUGGGUAUGAUGCGUUCCAAUAUCGAAAAAUUAUCUGAACGCAGCGAAAGAUUGGAGGAUCUGGCGUGUCGUGCCGAUUCGCCGACUAUAUUCGGCUAUAGUCGCAACAUUGCAAUGGCUGCGGUGACCACACCAUUAGCAGCGAGAACUCGAAAUUUGCAAUCCAACUUCUUGUAUCUUGGAAUACGAUCACCGACUCAUUUUCAGGCUAUUUCGCUCUGUGAGUCUGACAAUUCUGACCAAGAGGCAUUACUCGAUACUGAUUAA